UACAGGGUGAUCAAAUGCGACGAUCAGUUCUCUGUUGAUUUCCUUCAAAACGCUAUUAGCAAAAUCCAGAGCGACUGGGAAGGUUUGAGGCUCAAACUAAUCCCAGCCAGUGAGAUCCCAAGACGACCAAGGGCUCGUAUCUGGAUACCGAACAUGGAGUUCGAAGCUAAGCAGUUAAUACCAUACCUGCAAGCACACAACCGCACUGUUCCAAUGGAUGACUGGAGUAUCAUCAAAGCGGAGGCUCCGCAAAAGAACAGUGUGUCCUUCCUUCUCCAAAUCUCGGAGGAGAGUAUUGAGCCACUGGGAAAAGUGGACAACAAACUUCGGUUUGGCGUGAGGAAAGCGCAUCUGAAGUUAUUCCGUUCUGCAAAUCCGGAGGAUGAGCAGGACGAGGUUGACGACGCUAAUGAGUUGCUCAUGGGCAUGCAACUGGAAGAAGCCGGGUCCACCCAAAACGAUGGCGCUAAUGAGCAGCAUACGGGCAUGCAGCUUGACGCCCCUAAAAACGACCAGUAAGUAUGGGUCUCAAGGUUGUCCAGAUCAAUCUGCAGCACUCCAGGACUGCAACGGACAACCUAGCCGUUCUCCUAUCGGAGGAGGACGUAGACAUCGCACUGAUACAGGAACCCAGAGUGCGGAGUACUGAGCUCAUCGGAUGUGACGGUCAUCGAAAUGGAGGCUACUGACGGCGUCAGGAUCAAAAUUGCCUCCAUCUACAUGGCACACGACCAACCAGCACCACCUGACGAGGCUCGUAGGCUUGUGCUUGACUGCAAAAACAGUAUCCUGCUACUAGGAUGUGACGCCAA